AUGGUUAAUCAUAAUAUUAAAAAAGAGAAUCUAAGAAAGAAAAAAGGCAUUGUAAUCGAAGAAAAUUUAUUAAAACAAUUUCCUUUACAACAAUUAAAUUUUUAUGCAUUCAAAGAUGGUAUUAGUUUGAUUGGAGCCUUUAAUAUCCAAGCAUUUGGUCUUAAAAAGUUAGAAAAUGAUGAUAUAAUAAAAAUAAUCAUUCAUAUCCUUCGACGAUACAAUAUUGUUCUUUGCCAAGAAGUUCAUUUUAAUGAAAAAAUGAUUGAGAAACUUGUCAAUAUGCCAGGACAUGCAUUCGGCAAAAUAAAAGCAUUAGUAACUGAUAUAUAUGCUUAUGUUAAAGAGAAAUCAGUAAAAAGAAGUGGUCUUUCUCAUUUAUUAAGUCUAUUAUGUUUGAAUACAAAAGAAGUAACAAUUUUUAGAGAAAAUUGUGGACAUAUAAUUUUGAUGGGUGAUUUCAAUGCAUCAGGUUCUUAUCUUAAAGAAACAAAGCAAGAAGAACUUGAUGAAAUAUUGAUUCAAAACAAUCUGAUGUGGGUAAUUAGUCAUUCAUGUGAUACUACUGUUGCUUCUAAUCGUACAGCCUAUGAUAGGUUUAUAUUCGAGAUAAAGAAUAAAAACAGAUUGAUUGAAGAUGCCAGGAUUUUGGAAUUUGACAAAUUUUGA